CCUGAUUAAGGGGAAUCGCUGGGUACCGGGUCUGGCUAGGCCAGAAAGGGGGGCGUCUGGCAUCCGGUUGAACUUGGAGGGCCGGAUUAGGGGAGGCGGCAGGGAUCAAGACAAUCGGAGCGCCUUGGGACGGUGCAUCUUGGGAGGCUCAGGGACCGGCCCAGGGCAGAGGAGGUGGCUGGGAUCUGGCGGAGCUUAAGGGCUGAGUUUCAGGAGGAGAAGGGGUUCUUCAGGGGGCCACACCUGCACGUGGGAAACCACCGGGGCCAGGGCGCUAUGGCAGUCUGGGGCAGGGCCCCUGCAUGGAGAGGUGGCUGGGCCCUACUCCAGCUGCUUCGAGGGAGACGGAAGCCUUAAGGCCCGCAGCUGGGGGCGGUGGCGUGGCUGCCAGAGGAAGGCUCUGCAUUGAUGCGGAUGAGGAUCCGUUGGCCCCACCACCUCUUCCCGUGGCCUGCUUCUACAUCCCCCCACCCUCGUGGCCGUGGAUGUUGCAGCUGGCGGGGACCCCGCACUUGGGUUGGUGUGGAUUGGCCGACUUUGUCCGCUGAGGGUGCUCCAGUCAUGCCUCCAAUGCUGCCACCUCCGCGGGGGCUGAGCCUGUGACUCACACGGAGCCCCAGGGACCCAGCGCUGACCCUGGCCCCUACUCCCGCAGCUCGCUUUGCGCCAUGGACUGGCAGCCAGAUGAGCAGGGCCUGCAGCAGGUCCUGCAGCUGCUCAAAGACUCACAGUCACCCAACACAGCCACGCAGCGCAUCGUGCAGGAUAAACUCAAACAACUGAACCAGUUUCCUGACUUCAACAACUAUCUGAUCUUCGUUCUGACCAGACUCAAGUCGGAAGAUGAGCCAACUCGCUCUCUUAGCGGUCUCAUCCUCAAGAACAACGUGAAGGCGCAUUACCAGAGCUUUCCACCGCCUGUGGCCGACUUCAUCAAGCAAGAGUGUCUCAACAACAUCGGCGACGCCUCCUCGCUCAUCAGAGCCACCAUAGGCAUUCUCAUCACCACCAUCGCUUCCAAGGGUGAGCUGCAGAUGUGGCCCGAGCUGCUGCCCCAGCUGUGCAACCUGCUCAACUCGGAGGAUUACAACACGUGUGAGGGAGCCUUCGGAGCCCUGCAGAAGAUCUGCGAAGACUCGUCUGAGCUUCUGGACAGCGAUGCCCUCAACAGGCCCCUCAACGUCAUGAUCCCCAAGUUCCUGCAAUUCUUCAAGCACUGCAGUCCCAAGAUCCGGUCCCACGCCAUUGCCUGCGUGAACCAGUUCAUCAUGGACCGGGCCCAGGCGCUGAUGGACAACAUUGACACCUUCAUCGAGCACCUGUUUGCUCUGGCGGUGGAUGACGACCCUGAGGUGCGGAAGAACGUGUGCCGCGCCCUGGUGAUGCUGCUGGAAGUGCGGAUCGACAGGCUCAUCCCCCACAUGCACAGCAUCAUCCAGUACAUGCUGCAGAGGACCCAGGACCACGAUGAGAAUGUGGCCCUUGAGGCCUGCGAGUUCUGGCUGACGCUGGCCGAGCAGCCCAUCUGCAAGGAAGUCCUGGCCUCCCACCUGGUCCAGUUGAUCCCCAUCCUGGUAAAUGGGAUGAAGUAUUCGGAAAUCGACAUCAUCCUGCUCAAGGGGGACGUGGAGGAGGACGAGGCGGUCCCCGACAGCGAGCAGGACAUCAAGCCGCGCUUCCACAAGUCGCGCACGGUCACGCUGCCCCACGAGGCCGAGCGGCCUGACGGCUCCGAGGACGCAGAGGACGACGACGAUGAUGAUGCUUUGUCCGACUGGAAUCUGAGGAAGUGCUCAGCGGCUGCGCUGGACGUACUGGCCAACGUCUUCCGGGAGGAGCUGCUGCCCCACCUGCUCCCUCUGCUCAAGGGCCUCCUCUUCCACCCCGAGUGGGUGGUCAAGGAGUCGGGCAUCCUGGUGCUGGGCGCCAUCGCUGAGGGCUGCAUGCAGGGCAUGGUGCCCUACCUGCCCGAGCUGAUCCCGCACCUCAUCCAGUGCCUUUCGGAUAAGAAGGCCCUGGUCCGCUCCAUCGCCUGCUGGACGCUGAGCCGCUACGCCCACUGGGUGGUCAGCCAGCCGCCUGACAUGCACCUCAAGCCCCUGAUGACGGAGCUGCUCAAGCGCAUCCUGGACGGCAACAAGAGGGUGCAGGAGGCGGCCUGCAGUGCCUUCGCCACCCUGGAGGAGGAGGCCUGCACGGAGCUGGUGCCCUACCUCAGCUACAUCCUGGACACCCUCGUCUUCGCCUUCGGCAAGUACCAGCACAAGAACCUGCUGAUCCUCUACGACGCCAUCGGCACCCUGGCUGACUCUGUGGGCCACCACCUCAACCAGCCGGAAUACAUCCAGAAGCUGAUGCCUCCGCUGAUCCAGAAGUGGAAUGAGCUCAAGGACGAAGACAAGGACCUCUUCCCUCUGCUGGAGUGCCUGUCAUCGGUGGCCACCGCCCUGCAGAGCGGCUUCCUGCCCUACUGCGAGCCCGUCUACCAGCGCUGUGUCACCCUGGUGCAGAAGACGCUGGCCCAGGCCAUGAUGUACACCCAGCACCCCGAGCAGUACGAGGCCCCCGACAAGGACUUCAUGAUCGUGGCGCUGGACCUGCUCAGCGGCCUGGCCGAGGGCCUGGGCGGCCACGUGGAACAGCUGGUGGCCCGCAGCAACAUCAUGACGCUCCUCUUCCAGUGCAUGCAGGACUCGAUGCCUGAGGUCCGGCAGAGCUCCUUCGCCCUCCUGGGAGACCUCACCAAAGCCUGCUUCAUCCACGUCAAGCCCUGUAUCGCUGAGUUCAUGCCCAUCCUGGGCACCAACCUGAACCCCGAGUUCAUCUCUGUCUGCAACAAUGCCACCUGGGCCAUCGGCGAGAUCUGCAUGCAGAUGGGGGCAGAGAUGCAGCCUUACGUGCAGAUGGUCCUCAACAACCUGGUGGAAAUCAUUAACCGGCCCAACACGCCCAAGACGCUGCUGGAAAACACAGCCAUCACCAUCGGCCGCCUGGGCUACGUGUGCCCACAGGAGGUGGCACCCAUGCUGCAGCAGUUCAUCCGGCCUUGGUGCACAUCCCUCAGGAACAUCCGGGACAACGAGGAGAAGGACUCGGCCUUCCGAGGCAUCUGCAUGAUGAUAGGCGUCAACCCUGGGGGCGUCGUGCAGGACUUUAUUUUCUUCUGCGACGCUGUAGCCUCCUGGGUGAGCCCGAAGGAUGACCUUCGGGACAUGUUUUAUAAGAUCCUCCACGGCUUCAAAGACCAAGUCGGGGAGGAGAACUGGCAGCAGUUCUCAGAGCAGUUCCCGCCGCUGCUCAAGGAGCGGCUGGCUGCCUUCUACGGGGUUUCUGUCUGCGUCGUCGUCGGAGGGGUUGCUGGGGAGCGCGCUGCGUCCAGAAGUUGCCGUGCCCUGGUCGAGGGGGGUUAGGGAGGAGAGAGUGGGGCCUACAUCCAGACGCCUUCCCAGUCCAUCAACCUGCGCGGCCGGCCGGCGGGCGGGCAGGUGGGUGGGGCCUCCAUGCUCGUC